CCUUCCUGGGGCUCGGCGCGCGCUCGGACGCACGGACGGUGAUGCUGAUGAUGAUGGUGGCGACGAUGAUGAUGAUGAUGAUGAUGAUGGUGAUGGACGUCCGGCCGCCGCGGCUGCUGCUGCCGCUGCUGGCUCUGCUCGCCAUGGCGGGAGGCGGCCUCGGGGCGGACACGGAGGAGCGGCUGGUGGAGCAUCUCCUAAACCCGGCCCACUACAACAAGCUGAUCCGUCCUGCCACUAAUGGCUCCGAGCUGGUUACCGUGCAGCUGAUGGUGUCGCUGGCCCAACUCAUCAGCGUGCAUGAACGGGAGCAGGUGAUGACCACUAAUGUCUGGCUAACACAGGAGUGGCAGGACUAUCGUCUGACUUGGGUCCCUGAAGAGUUUGAUGGGAUGAUGAAGGUCAGGCUGCCCUCAAAGCACAUCUGGCUGCCUGACGUGGUGCUUUACAACAAUGCCGACGGUGUGUACGAGGUGUCCUUCUACUCCAACGCUGUGGUCUCCCACGACGGUAGCAUCUUCUGGUUGCCCCCAGCCAUCUAUAAAUCAGCCUGCAAGAUCGAGGUCAAGCACUUCCCCUUCGACCAGCAGAACUGCACGCUGCGCUUCCGCUCCUGGACCUACGACCGCACAGAGAUCGAUCUGGUCCUCCGCUCGGACGUGGCCAGCAUGGACGACUUCACGCCCAGCGGGGAGUGGGACAUCAUUGCUCUGCCAGGCAGACGGAACGAGAACCCCGCCGACCCCACCUACGUGGACAUAACGUACGACUUCAUCAUCCGCAGGAAGCCUCUUUUUUACACCAUCAACCUCAUCAUCCCGUGUGUCCUCAUCACCUCACUGGCCAUCCUGGUCUUCUACCUGCCGUCGGACUGCGGAGAGAAGAUGACGCUCUGCAUCUCAGUGCUGCUGGCGCUCACUGUGUUCCUGCUGCUGAUCUCCAAGAUCGUGCCGCCCACUUCACUGGACGUGCCUCUGGUGGGGAAGUACCUGAUGUUCACCAUGGUCCUAGUGACCUUUUCUAUCGUCACCAGUGUGUGUGUGCUCAACGUGCACCACCGCUCACCCACCACACACACCAUGCCCCCUUGGGUUAAACUGGUGUUCCUCAACAAGCUUCCUGCCCUGCUCUUUAUGCGCCAGCCGAGGAACAGCUGCGAGCGCCAGCGGCUGCGCCAAAGAAGGAGGGCCCAGGAGCAGAAAGAGGGCGGGCGCAGCGGGGAGGCGGGGGCCCUGAUGGUGGGUCUCGGGCUGGGUGGGACUGGCGGGAGCGGAGGGGGAACCACAACAGGGGUAUUCAGCAAAGAAGACAGUGACCCUUGUACCUGCUACGUGAACCGGGCGUCUGUUAAACAGUUUGGAGGGGAUCUGGGAGGUGCAGGGGGCGGCUCCUUGGAUGGUCUGAAUCGGGUGAGGGAGGGCAGGGAAGGGGGCUCUGGAAACGUGCCCCGGGGCCAACAAGCAGGGGGAGGUCCUGCUCUGACUCAGGCCCUGUUGGCCCAGGCCUGUCCAGGGUUUGAGGAAGCCGUGGAAGGAGUUCGCUUCAUCGCCAACCACAUGAAGGGUGAAGAUGAUGAUCAAAGUGUGAGCGAGGACUGGAAGUACGUCGCCAUGGUGAUCGACCGCCUCUUCCUGUGGAUCUUCGUGUUCGUGUGCGUGUUCGGCACGUUGGGCAUGUUCAUGCAGCCCCUCUUCCAGAAUUACACGGCCAAGACCAUCACCAGCACGCCGGGCUGAGCAUCCCCCCCCUCUCCCCCGCCACGAACACGCUGACGGACAGCUUCCCCUCCCGACCAAUCAGCACAGCAGAACAGCAGAGGGCCGGAGGCGGGGAUGGUAGGGGGGGGAGCGGGUCUAGGGUUUUUAUUUUGUUGUAUCUAUGGAACCGGAAUCAGAACUGGAACUGAAAAAGGAAUCACACCCAUUAACUUUAUAUAGUAACAUUUUUUGCAAUGAACAACAGAUUUUUCUUGUAUGAAGAGCUAAGGAGAAGGCCAUCACACACCUGCAGAGUUUGGUCCAGAUGUUUGACGGAUUGACCUCCCCUUUCCGGGGGAGACCUCCCUGCUCUCCUCUUCAGCCAGUCAGGGAGCGAGGAUGCUAAGAAACCUCACGCCAGCCAAUCGACACUUCUCCUCCUGCUGCUGACUGCUUUACCUACCAACGACUACAUGCCCUCCUCCCACUAUGACAUUUCUCAUCCACGGUAUCGACUGAUGUCAGUGAGAGCUAAUCAGAGAGGGAGGGUAGGUUCAUAUCCAGGUUCUUAUUUUCUUUUCCAGAAAUCCACUACGCCAGUGAACUCAAUAUAUUUUAUCAUAGCAUAGCAGCCUACCACAGUAAAGCAUUGAUUAUAUAUUAUCAAGAUUUCUCUAUGUGUUAGCUCAUACUAUGGGUCUAUUGCUGAUAGAGAGGCUACGGUGUUUUGUAUGAUUGUAUAGCUAUAACAAGAAUGUGAUAUAAACUGUACUACACAGCCCGUGGCACAUACACUAACACAAUAUGUGUACAAGCAACUGAUUGCGAAGGAAAAUACAUACAAGAGCAGGGAAGCAUUAUGUGAUGAAGGUCAAAGCGAAGAAAUAGAUCAUGCAUGGACAGGUUUUAUGCUUAGAGAGUUGUGCUCAGCAAGUAGAGUACGACCGUGGAAAGAUGGGGCAAUCUAAGCCAAGAUGGUGGACAGGUCUUCCUAUAGGACAGUCAGUGGAAUAUGAUUUCUCCAAGAUGGAGUAUUCAGAUCUCUGGGGCAAAGAUCGGUAUCGGUAAAAAGUUUCAUGUAAAUCUAAAUAUAUUGGUGGAAGCAUGGAGAACAUGGAAAUUAAGCUGUUAUGUGUAGUAGUUUGUUAUUUCACAACUGCUUAUUACCUGUCAUAGCUGGGAUUAUCAGAUCAGAGAAAGACAGCAUCUCACUUGUUCAUCCUCUCUUUGUUUCUCUCCUCUCUGCUCCGCUCCAUCGCCGGUGUAUCUAUUUUUGCACUGGAUUCUGUUCAUGUAUGUAAUGUGAAGAACAUAUGUAUAGAUGUAUGCGUGCCCCCGUACCCUAAUCCAUUAUCAUAUCUGUCAGAUGCAAUGUUCAGGAGAGCAUACUGUGCUCUCUCCCUCAUCCACCCUUUCUAUUUAUGUCUGACAACCUCCGUCCAGUCCCCUCCCUCUUUAUCUGGUCUUCCACAAACACAUAUCUGACAUUGAAUCCGAUUAGAAAAACCUACAUCCUCUAAUCACCUUUUUCCAUUUAGCAUGGAACGGCUUAUUUUCGUCAUGUCCGCUUUGUUUCCAUGAGAUGCUAAAAAGGUUAUUUUUCAAACACACUCGGACUCAAGUUUCUACCACAUGAUGCUAUGUAGUAGAAACGUGAUUGACUUCAAUACGACGCUGCACCUGAGGAUUAAUGGACGGGAGGGGGGGGGGGGGGGGGUAAUCUGACCACAACAAGCACAAUCCAGGUAGUGAGUUAAAGCAGUAUGAACAGAGACAAUGGACUUCUGCUGUGGUUGUUGAAGUGUAAGAAAGCCAAUAUAAAUAUCUGAAGGAAGAAAAAAGAAAUGCUGUCUUAUCCUCUGUCACUCGCUUCCCCCUGCUUUAUACAGCUGCCAUGUCUGCAGCUCAGCACUGGACUGGGAGCUGUGUUUCCAUCUCUUUCUCUCUCUCUCUAUCUGCCUGUGGAGGAUGGUAUCACCAAGUGAGGGGGGGUCACCAUGCAGAUCCCAAACAAGUGUGAAAAGCCUAUCAGAGACCUGUGAAAACUGUAGGACACACCACGGCUCCACACGGACAAAAGUGCUGCUGUCCUCUCCCUCUAACCUCUCCACUCUCUCCUUCCUCUCCUCUCACUUCCUCUCUCUCGUUAUAUCCUCGCCCCUCAUCUCUCACCUCUCCUUCCUGACUCUCAAAUCUGCUCCUGUGCACACCUUAACCGGUCCAAUAAAGGUUGUAGG